UGCAUAUCAUAUAAUAUUUUACGGAAUUUAGGGUGUUCAUUACACUGAAACAGCUCUUAUUUAUACAUGAUGUCAUUGUUGUCAACACCCAAUGCAGAUUACAUCUUAACUUCCGGUAAAUCAAAAGUCAAUGGCUUUAGUUCCGGUUUCAUCAUGCUGAUGGUAGAAAAUUGCAAAAAUAUUAAACCCUAUUACACUUUAUCAAACAAAUCAUUGUUAUUAAGCGUCAUUGAAAGAAUUUAUAUCUGAAUUUCACAGACCUGUAAAGAUUGUGAGUAAGCUGUCGACCAUAUAGACGAACAGGAAAAACUAUCAUAUGUCAAACAAUAUUAAAAGUGAAAAGUUGGAGAGGAAUUUUUCGUUGAUAUUUAGUUGAUAUUCUAAACUGAUGAUGAAUUACUCUGCUGAAGAUCUGAAUGAAGAGGUGGCAGGACUUCUUUACUUCAAUACUGGGUUGUUAUCAUUUUAUCUUUUUCUUGGAUUAAGCGGCAACGGAAUUGUCUUAUUUAUUUAUACACACCGAAUAAAACGCACCGAGGAGAGAUAUUUCAUCCCUGUGUUGGCCAUAGCGGACAUUUUUGCAAUUCUGUCUGGUGUUGUUCUUGGGAUCGUCUCAAAUUUUCAUCGAGCAAAUUACGUUAUUGACACAUUUUGUAAGGUCGGGUACUAUUUGACUUGGACGACGACGUCAGUUUCCGGAAUAAUCAUUCUACUGAUAGCCCUUAAUCGACAUCUAAUGAUUUGUCGACCGACCGGACCCCAGCUUACUGUCGCAAGAAAAAGAAGGGCAAUCGUUGCGGUUAUCAUAUUUUCAAUCGUGUCAUCUGGACCAAUGCUGUAUUUUUUAGGGAAAAGGCAACUCCCUUUUGUGUAUAAAGGACAACACAUCAACGCAACUCUUUGCACGUUGCGUUUUUCAAGCGGUUUUUGGUACAAGUUACAAAUGGGAUAUUUUGCGUUAGAGAUCUUUUUAGCCGUGCUGAAUAUGUUAUUAACAUGCGGUUUUUAUAUACCAGUGGGUGUGAAAAUAUAUCAAAGAUUUAAAUCAACGAAAAACAGAUCUAAAUUAACCGAUGAUAUGCAAGAAAUGUCAACUAUUCAAUUAAGCGAAGUUCCAUCAAAUCUCUUCAAGGUACAGCAGAUAGACAACAGCUAUGUAGAAGACUCGGCAAUUUCAACUACAAUGUCAACAAUCGGUCCUUCACACAAAGGUAUUACACCGGGUACAAAGAAGGAAGUGAAGAGGGAUGAGAGAGGUUCGUCGGUGAACAGGAAGAAGAGGGUACGGCGUAAACAAGUCAAGCACAACUUCACAACGAUGUUUGCCACCAUUAUUGGUUUCUAUAUUCUAGCGUACCUCCCGACUUUGAUGUUAAUGAUUAUUCCAGGUCAAAACCCGGCCGAAUUUUAUUUUUCAAAGAGCCCCGUAGCAAUCAAUCUACUUGUUUUCUUACAGAGAGCUUUCUUGUUGAACAACAUUUGUAACGCUUUUAUUUAUACUUACUUUGAUUUGUCCUUCAGAAAAGAGGUCAAGAAGCUAUUAUGUUUACCUUGCUUGUAAUAUUACAUUCACAACACAAUUAAAUGAUGUUUUACCAUAUUGUAUUAUCUAAUAACUUUAUUAUAGAUAUUAAUUUCAUAAAAGUAUGAUGAGUUUAAAGUAAUAAAAAUAAUUUACUAUGCUUUCGAACACACGUGCAAUUUAGGCGUUUUCAAUUGCAAAAAGUUCAAUUGUCCAACUGACUAGAGAAAAUACUAUUUUAAAACACGUUAUCAUUAAACGGAAAUUUCUACCACGUUAGUAAAAAUAUGACGAUAUGUGGCGUAUCAAGCAACUUUAACUUUCAUAUGAAAGGGAAACAAAAUCGUCAUGUAAAUCAGAAGUCCGGGAAAUCUUUUUAUCUUUAGUACAACAUGCAGUUGCCACAAUUAAACCUUGUAUAAUUAUGUUAUUCAGAUUUUAGUUAAGUGCUAGUUUUAUAGAGGUUUUUCUUCGUUCAUAUGUAGUUUUGGUAUUUGGUUUUUCAUCCCAACAAAUUAAUGACAUUUUAACCCUAUUGUUAGUGUUCUUGAUUUUUUUUUAUCGCCUUCUAAAUCUUGUGUUUCAAAUGUGUAACUUUCAGAUCCGACACCUAUAUCGAGAAAGUGUCGCUCAAAUCCGGUGUUUUGUAUAUUAUUUAGAUUUAGUCUAGUGCUAGUUUUGUAGAUGUUUUUCUCCUUUCAUUUGUAGUUUUUAUUUUGUUGUCCUGAAGAAGGGACGGGUUGUCCUUAACUCUGUAAAUAUUUACGUUAUUGUUCGUGACGUUGUUUAUACAGUUAAAUAUCGAUAUCUCGAAGUUCGGGGGACCACGUACAAACUUCGAGAUCUCCGGGUGUUCGAGAUAUCCGAAGUCGAAAUUCUUCGACUCCAUUAGCGUUUUUGUUUUUGUCCUGACAUGUUAACACAGGAAGUCCUUAUAUGCACUAUAAUUUGAGAACCGGUAUGAACGGAAAAAAAGACGGAAUAUUGAAACGAUGUUUUAUUUAUAGACAUUUAUAGACAUUGCACAUAUACACUUAAAUAAGAAUUUAUAUGAAACGUUACAAUUAUUUUAAAUAACAGUUAAUCAAACAUACAAGCAUAAUGUACAUGUAUACAACUUUUCAGAAUAUAAAUAAAUCACGUUCACACUAUUGUCAAAUCACAUAACACACAUGAUGAUAUUAUGGAACACUGUCAGUCUUUAAUUCACAUCGCGAUCACUGGCACAGUCACUAAGGAGCGCGGUGAGGGUACUCUGUACUAAAACAGAUGCACGGACUUGUGCUGAAGUCACUCGUCGAUGUAUCUUCUGUGUUGAGACAUGUUGUUGAAUGAUGUACAGAAUUCUAUACCAUCUUUUAUAGCCAAAGACAAAUGUGUUAAUUGUUAAUUGUUUGAUUUUUGUUCACAUUAGAAAUAAAAUUUGUUAUAUUUAAAUCAGCGCGUUGGUAAUUUAUCAUGAUUUAGUGUGUGUUAUUAAAUAUAUUUUAAGUAUAUUAUUCAUUAAGUGGAAGUUCACUUUGAUCAUGCAUCGAUAUCGAUUAUACGAUAAUUUACGCUGCGCUAUUUGGUAAUUGAGUGACCGUGAACUUGUUUGCUUUAUAAGUAGCGUGCAUCAUUAUUCAUAUUAUCGGUAAUGUUAGGGGUGCUUACUUUUGGGAGCUGUGAACUUGUUUGUUUUAUCAAUCACUGGAGUAUAUACCCAAGCUGUUAUAACAAUUACCGUGUCAUC